AUGAAUAUAAACGCUGAGUUAUCAUUACAAGAACAGCUGAAGCAAGAACUGGCUAUGGGCCUACCUUUCAAACGAGUUGUCAUACCUUUUGAUUAUGAUUCUGGUCAGCUUGUAAGUUAGUUUUUUGAUAUAUUUGUUCGGAACCUCUUAAAAUGGAAGGCUUUCUUUGCUUAUUACCCUUGCAACGCGUUGUAAAUCUAUAAUAUUAGUGCAGUAGAGUUAGAAAAAAAUUUGAAGUAGAAUUUUAUUUCGGGCUGAUUAUUGCCUAUCUUCUUACAACCUGGUCAUAAGGGCAGGUAGGACCAGGUUCCAGUCUAAUGAUUGUCAUACUGAAGAGGUUCGAUUGUAAUCUACUUUGAUAGUUAUUACUAAUGAAAAUGUUUUAGCUUGGUAUGAAGAUCAACGAGAAAUGUGUAAUAACCGAAAUCGACCAACGCCCCCACACAUGUCGUCAUUCUGGAAUAUGCUCAAAGUUGGUGACAUUAUUCGUCAAGUCAAUAAAACUGGUAUGUUCUUAAAAUGAUUACUCUUUCUGGUGCAAAAGCUGGCGCUUUGAGUUUUCGCUUUAGAACGUUCUCGAACGAUACCUAAUAUGUUUUACAUUAUAUUGUACUGAUUUUUGAUGAACACUAGUCUAAACGCCUCAUAAAAUUAUGAAUAAUCAAGUUACAGUAAGCUAAAGCAAAUAUUGUUGUAGGUAAAGGACCCGGACAACUUUUACCAGCUCUUAAAAACGGCAGAAGCUCCGAAGACUCUUCAUGUAGAUCGUCUCAUACCAAUGAAACCUGUUUCGUCCAACAGAAGGCGUCGCCUCAAUCUGGAUACAACGACCGGCGACAAGUUUUUCACAGCUUAUCUUACUUCUACUGGUACUACAAAGAUAGAGAUGACAUUAAAAUCGGAUGGACGAUAUGUAGUUGUGUUAGGAGUGGCUGAGGGAACGGCUGGUAAUUAUUUUUGUUAUAUUUCUUUGCUAUAAAUGUACUUUUAUUUUUUGACUGAAAAUUUGAAAAAAAAAUUUUUAAUUUUAGGUAUAAAUUUUGAAAAUUAGGAAUGAAAGUUUGGAGAAAAAAGUUAUUAAAAGCAGUAUCUAUACUUUUAUGACAUUAUUCUUCUAUUAGGCAAUAAAAAUGUCAUUUUACCCUUUCAGGUUACGGUCUAAUAGACAUUGGCGACAUUAUACUUGACGUAGACGGAGCACCAGUUUUGGACGCCGAAAAGGCUAAAAUCUUGCUGAAUGCAAACCUAAAGAAGAACAACUAUGUAACAUGUGUCACUUGUCGUGCAAUGACAAUGAAAGGAAUACAAAGAGUUUGGUAAGGACUUCUUUGAUUCAUGGAUAUUGUAGUAGACUUUAGAAAAGUAAAUAUUAUGGUAGAUAUAGCUUAUUUAUUGUGAACCUAUUUAUAAAUGUAAAAUAUUGUUUGUUUAGUAAUGUGCUAAAAUAUGAGAUAUUGUACGACACUCUGAACCCAGAAAUGAAGCUAGACGCCGCCCUGAUCGGCCGAAUGGAAGCGAUGCGACUUCGAAAAUCAUUCGCAAAACGAAGGAAAGGCGUCUACCGGAAGACGAAAGCUUUGAGGAAGGAGAAGGUUAAUGUGAGUUUGCUAUAAAGACUGGUGAAAUACAAUUAUCUUGUUAUUGGGAACUAUGUGCACUAUUUUCUAGAAACAGGCAAGAUCUUUAUUUGCACGGUGCAGACUAAACCUGAUAAAGGUCGUGUGAUACCUCUUUAGCUCCAUUCCUAUAGGGUUUUGUAAUUAAAGCAUGUUUUUUAUAUAAAUUUGUUAUUUGCAAGUUUUAUUUACAUAAAAAUGAUGUUGAAAACACUCGGCUAUUUCAUUUUAGCGGACCAGAGAAGAAGGUAAUGGAUAUCGGCACAGAUCAAGACGAUGUAAGUGA